CUGAACGUCUCUGAAAUGUAAUUUUUGGAAUUGGGCAAAAAAGAAAAGUCUAGCUGCAGGUCUGGGUGGUGGCCGUGUUGGUAUGGUCCUCAGCGAGCCGUCCUAGAAGUGUGCGUCUGUGUGAGUCAGGAUGGAGGGCGAUGCGAUGCGCCAGGAGGCGAAGGAGAGCAUCGAGGCGGCUCAGAACUACCGCAGAGAACUGCAGCUGAGACUCACCGGCCUCAAACAGGCCUGCACACAGGUACGCGGCAGCUCCAGCCAGGCGCGCGACGCCCUCCGCAGGCACUUCUCUGAGCUGCAGGCGGCGGCGGCGCGCCUCCUAGCCGCCCGAUUGGCCCAGCUGGUGGCCCAGGUCGACGCCCUAGAGGAGCAGAGUCUCCGCCCCCUCACCGCCUGUCAGACCCUCAUCCUUCAGGGGGUGGGGCAGGCCGACCAGUUGCUCCGAGAGGGGGAGGCUGCUCUACGAUGUGAUGUAGAGGAAGACGGGCUGGGGAGCUUCAACCAGAAGGCUCUGAACAUACACCUGGACAGCCUCCUGGAGGUCCCGGCCCUGGUGGACGUGGCCUGUGUCUCGGCCCAGCUGGACGACUCGGUCCUGGAGGUCCUGAAGGAGAUGGUGGUCCGCCACGGGUCGGUCUCCUCCCACCCCCCCGUCCAGAUCAUGGAGCUCCAGGAGAGACCGGGGGCCAUGCUGGUCCGCUGGGCCAAGGUGGACGAGGACUUCUCGGCGGUAGACUACCGUCUGCAGUACCGGCGGGCCGCGGGGGGCGGAGCUUACGAGGACGCGUAUGUGGGCGGGGACUGUGAGGUGGUGGUGGUGCACCUGGACCCCCAGACGGAGCACCUGUUCCGGGUCAGCGCCCGCGGGGACGGGGGGUCCUCCUGGAGCCCCUGGAGCGUCCCCGUGGCCGGCUCCACCUCCCUGGCACCCCACGAGUGGAGUCCCGGGACGGACGGCUUCAUCCUGAGCAGCCGGAGGAACAUCGCCAUGCGCUGUGACUCCGCCCCCUCAGGCUGCCCCGUGCUCUACUCCAACGGCGCCACCUACUGCCCCGGGCAGACCCUCACCUUCAAGGUUUCUGCAGUUGGUCAGGCUGACAACAGGGACGGUCUAGGAGUGUGUGUGGAGAGAGAGAGCGGGCGAGAGACUCUCCAGAGAGACCAGGCAGUCUGCAUCUCCACCAAAGGAGCUGUGUUCGUCAACGGGAAGGAGAUGACCAAUCGGCUGCCAGCGUUGGCCCUGGGUUCAGCCGUGACCUUCGACAUGGAAGUGGUCGCUCUGUUUUCUGUCGGCAGCAGCAACAACCCGAGCGAGGGCGGGGCCAACGUCAAACUCAGGGUGACGAUUGGCUGCGGCAGCCGGGAGGUGGUGUUUGAUUGGCUGCUGGAGACGGCGGUGGACGGCCUGCUGUUCGGCUGCUGCUUCGCUCACACCGGCUGGAAGGUCCUGGUGUUCUGACCCCUGUUCUGUUACGAUGCUCUGGUUUCUGUUACUCUCCCCGGCGCCAUCGUUUUAGGGGCUCCUUGUUUACAUCCGGUUCUCUCUGGCCAAACCCCCCCCCCCGCUCACUGUGAAAGACCCCCCAGUAUUAGCCCCACCCCUCCCCUCUUAGUGACAUCCUGUCAGUAUUCACUUACUGUAGUCGUCUCGGUGGUCAGAAGUCGGUUUUACACUUUUAUAUCGUAGCUGUCGUUUGGUUGAAACACACGAACCGUUUUGCUCCGACUAUUCAUGUCGCCCACAGUAGGGUGACAGGAAGUGAGCGACCACAAACAGGAAGUACGUACUAACGGUGGUUUAGCUUCCUAUGUGUUAUGUGUUGCUGGUUGGUAUGUGUAUGUAGAUGGUACUACAGUCUGAACCAGCAUCACCUCCAAUAAAACUCACCAACCUUCGCUUUUUUCCUUUUUUAUUUAUUAACAGUUCAUCAUUAAGCAACAUUUAUUUGAAUGAAUUGUAUUUUAGUUUGAAGAUAAAAAGCCAGUUGUCAUUUGAAUGCAGUUUUCACACUAUUGAAGCUCCAUCACUGAGCUGAUCACGCCAUAAUGAUAAUCACUGUUUGUUAAACCAUCAUAUCUCCCUCAAGGACCUCCUCCAUACAUGUACACACUGACAGAACAGCAAUAAAGUAAUGAGUUCUAAAGACUAGCCAACAUAAAAGUCCCUUUAUCCCCAGAACCCUCUACAGAGACCCAGCAGGAACAAAGAAAUACAAUCAAAUCAGGAGACCAGGGUUCAACAAAGACAGGUGUUGAUGAAUGAGGAUGAGGAGGGUACCACAGGGUUAGGUGUUGAUAGUUGAUGAUAAUCGAGGAUGAGGAAGGUACCACAGGGUUAGGUGUUGAUAGUUGAUGAUAAUCGAGGAUGAGGAGGGUACCACAGGGUUAGGUGUUGAUAGUUGAUGAUAAUCGAGGAUGAGGAGGGUACCACAGGGUUAGGUGUUGAUAGUUGAUGAUAAUCGAGGAUGAGGAGGGUACCACAGGGUUCAGCUUUUCUAGUCCAGGUUAGGACCUCAGCUACGACAAGUUAGCAUGAUUUCCAACCAUCCCUGGUUGGUCCAUUCAGACCAUGUGACUAGAGGUCCAGGCAUGAUUUGGCAGUUUGGAGGUCUCAGGUUCCCCCACCACAGCUGGUGACAUCAUCGUCUCCUCCUGUUCCACGGAGGUCCUCCCAGGUCACCGAGAGGAGACGUCUCCUGUAAUGUCACCGCUGGUCCCCAUCUGUCCUAAUCCCACAAGUCUCCUGGUUCCCACUGCUGCUGGAAGCCCUCCUACACCUCUGGAGCCGCACUGAGCCCGAGGACCCAUCUGGAGGUGGAGCAGGACCCCCCGGCGGGGGACCUCCGGGCCGCGGGUCAGAGGUUCCCGACCAGGACCAGCGCUCCUGGUCCCUGGGGGUCAGCGUUUCCUGAGCAGCACGUAGCCCAGCAGCAGCACCAGGCCGGUGGACAGCCCGGCGAUGAGCAGCUGGUGGAGCGAGAGGAGGUCCUCCAGCGCGUGGAUCCUCUCCUCCAUGGCGCUGGUCUUGAAGUAGUCGUACACGCCGGCGGUGAUGCUCCACACGGCCCACACCGCGUCCACCACCAGGGGCAUGGCGCAGCUGGAGAGACCGGGAGGGACCAGGAGUAGACCAGCAGGGGCCUGGCGCUGCUGGAGAGACCGGGAGAGACCAGACUCAGACCACCAGGGGCCUGGCACUGCUGGAGAGACCGGGAGAGACCAGACCAGACUUAGACCCCCAGGAUCAGAAGAUAAGGCCACACACACAAAGACGUUGGGUGUGUUUUGGUGCAGAAAUACAGGAAACCACAAUCCUAAGAACCAGUGCAGUGACAUCGGGUGCAGUCUGCUUCCUUCAGUGAAUAUAGCCUCCAGGUAUUAAGUAACUUCUCCAAAAUGGAUUCUCUGUUGGUCCUCAGCCCAACUGCUUUUGUAUGUAGGUGUGUGCUUCUAAAUUAAGAAUGUAACGUAACCGGACUAGACAAACCGGUCUGACCCGGGCCAAUAUAAUCAGAAUUCACCUCCCUGAUUUAAUUAUGUGGUUGUCCUCUUCAAACUUAAAAUUAUGACAAAACCAUCUGCUUGGAAAAAAAUACAUUGUUGCAUUACUUACUGUGGGUCAAUAGGGCGCCGCCCCUCCGUGAAAUAUUUACCUGAAUAUAUCUGCCAACUAUUAAUCAACUAUUAUCAAUACGAAAUAAAUCAACAAUUAUCCUCGUUUAUUUUUGUGAUAUACUUGUCACUGCCAGCAACCAUU